AUGUCACGCGAACAAUACACCCCACCAUCCCUCUCGCAAGGCGGCAACAACAACGCCGGCGGCUCAACAGGCGGCGGCUUCGCAAUCUCCGGCAACAGCUUCGAGGACACCGGCAAACCAGUCCAGUACCUCUGCGGCGACUGCGAUACCAAAGUCGCGCUGAAGAAGGGAGAUCCCAUCAGAUGCAAGGAGUGCGGAUACCGUGUGCUGUACAAGGAGAGGACGAACAGGAUGAUCCAGUUCGAGGCAAGAUGA